ACAGAGUUCUCUCUCUCUCUCUCUCUCUCUCUCUCUCUCUCUAGAAUUCUUGAAUUUCCUGAUUUUGCUUCAUUCAAUUCAACUAAUUCAUUGAAUCUGCUGCUCCAAAAUCCAAAGUGAUUAAUUAGGAUAAGGCAAAGGGAGAGACUGCUACAUCAAGGGAUAAUUAGUCUCACCUCCAUCUCUGGCAGCCCUAGGCAAUGGCGCACAAGGUGUCAACGAUAGUGCUGAAGGUUGAUCUUGCAUGCACACGCUGCAACGAUAAGAUCAGGAAAGUCCUCUGUAAAUACCGCGAGAGAUAUCAAAUACAGGAGGAGAUAUAUGACGAGAAAAACAACACCGUCACCAUCAGUGGCCCCUUCUGUCCCAGGAAGCUCGCUAAAAAGCUCUGCUGCAAAGCUGGAAAUGCCAUUAAAUGCAUCAACAUCGUCGAGAAAAAGCCUCCACCGCCUCCUCCUCCGCCCCCUCCUCCUCUCGGGCCUCCGCCGCCACCGCCGAGGCGGCCGCCAACACGGCCACCGAGUCUACCGUCGCCUCGUCCUACCCCCGUGGUUGUUGUUGAGGUUGUUGUUGAGGUUCCUCCGCCUCAAUCUAAUUCGGCCCCACCUAGACGGUCACUUAAAUCAGCUCCCCCAGCACCUUAUGAGUAUGGAGAGGGACCAUGUGGUCAAAGUUAUGGAGGAGCACCGCAGCCGUGGUACGAUGGCUGUGGCAGAUCGCCACCGCAGUGGUACAGUGGAUAUGGAAGUCCAAGUUACUUCAGCGAAGAGGACCCAAAUUCAUGCAUCAUCAUGUAAUGUUUGUCUUUUCUGAGGAGAAAGAAAAUGUAAUGUUGUUGUUGUUGUAAGUUGUAACAUAUUUUCAAUUGAUGAUUGGAUUAAGUGUAAACU